AUUACAAAAUCAGUUUUGAAAAUUGAGUAAGCAAACACACCUCUCCCAAUUCUCUCGUUCGUAAAUGGCGCGAGGUUUAGCCCUGUGCUCCAAUGGAAGAAAUUCUUCGACUUUGCUCUCGAGCUCAAUCGCUAGGGCUUCACUUUCCUUUUCCCCUAAAACCCUUUUCGCUUCGUAUCCAAUUCAAUCUCGCCACCCCAAAAUUUCACGAUUGUUCUGUAAGCUCGCUUGUGUUCCCGAGACGGUGGAUGAAACCAAGUACUACAAGGAGCUUUUCAAUCGAAGAAUGGCCAUGGCAGGACUCAAACCUCACCACCGAAUUGCUUUGGGAGUUUCAGGUGGGCCUGAUAGUAUGGCGCUCUGUGUUCUGACUGCAAAAUGGAAAACUGAAGGGUUAAGUGGUGUUGACAAGACAGAUGGUUUCAUCGAUGGACUUGUUGCUGUAGUUGUGGAUCAUGGAUUACGACAAGAGAGCAAAGACGAGGCUGAAGUUGUCUGCUCCAGAGUUUCUGAAAUGGGAAUCAGAUGUGAGAUUGCUCAUUGUGAUUGGGUUAAUGGUAAACCAAAGCAAGGUCACUUGCAAGAAGCAGCUCGUGAAAUGAGGUAUCAAAUGAUUUCGAAUGUCUGCUUCAGCCAACAGAUUGGUGUCUUGCUUAUAGCUCAUCAUGCAGAUGACCAGGCUGAGUUAUUCAUUCUCAGGUUAUCUCGUGGUAGUGGCGUUCUUGGGCUUGCGGGUACAGCAUUUGCUUCUGAGAUUUUCUCCAGCAAUUUGGAGUUAGAUGCAAAACAUAUGAAGAACAAAUCUAUUCUCUUAGUGCGUCCGUUACUUGAUUUAUGGAAAGAAGACAUGUACAAGAUAUGUCAAUGGGGUAGACAAGAUUGGGUUGAAGAUCCGACUAAUCAUAGUCAGUUGUUUGUUCGGAAUAGGAUUCGAACAUCAAUAGGAAAUCUACAAUCAGGUACAUUUAAGUCAGAGCUGCAAGCAGUCAUUUCUGAGUGUCGGAGAACACGUUCGUUUGUCGAUAAAGUUUGUACAGACUUGAUAAACCGGACCGUUACAGUGACAGAUAAAGGAUAUGCUAUUCUUGAUCUAGAGAGACUAAACCCUACAGAAGUUAAAGACAUUUGUCUCUCAAAGUAUAUCACUGCAGUCCUGCAGUUUAUCUCUCAAAGGCAGAGAGCAAUCAGAGGAAGCACUUCAAAGUUGCUUAUGAGCUACCUCCGCAAAAUUCCGUGCAAGACAUCUCUUACAGCUGCUGGUUGCUACCUUACUCCAGCUCCUGGCUCGAAGGGUACCAAAAUUAUAGUCUCAUGUUUUGCUGACACUCCUUUACCACCCAAGACAGAGCUCUUGAACAUUUGCUUCAAUGAAGCUCAGAAAAAACAGACAUCUGAUGACCUCUGUCGAAUCACAUCACAUGCAAAACCUUUUUCAGAUCAUGUAGCCCCGAGCCAGUUUUUGGAUGUUGCAUCUGAAUCCGUGUUGAGUAAAGCCAAAGAGCUCAAUUUAUUAAGCGAAUCAACCUAUACAACCAUCGGGCUACUGCAAAGAGAUGAAACCAAUCGGUUCAUAACUAAAACAGAAGUUAAACCGAUGGAUGAAACAGAGCAUGGAACCAACAUUGCUGCACCUUCCUCUGAUGAUAAAGUACAUCUUUGUCCAGGGCAACAUCUCUAUUUCAUGAACCGGUUUCUUAUCAGAUGGAACUUGAGUGACCACGACCACCUAUGUAACGGAAACUGUCCAGUGAGUACAGCUACUACAUCAACGGAGGUUCGACAUAUGGUAGAAUCUGACUGGCUCUAUCUUUCCGAGCUUUCAAGAUCCUCGAACAGAGACCAUUCUACUUUAUCCUCACGGAAAGCUCUCAGGUACUUAAAGUCUAUCCCAGCCGCUGCAAGAAGAAGCCUUCCUGUCUUGGUCAAUCACUCUGGAUCACUACUCAGCGUUCCUGCUAUUGGCUUCACUUAUUGUUCAUGUAUUGAUGCAGCUACAGUGUUUCUACCAAGAGUACCACUUGGAGGAGGCCUUAGCUCAUUUCUGUAGUUUUAAAACAAAUUCUUGUGAAAACGGAAUAAUAUUUGAUUAAGAAUCUGUAUCCUAGGCAACAUUCGUUUGUAGAAAUGAAAAUCGCCAAUUACACU